UCCGCGCAUAUUGCAAAUAUCUCGGCUCCAGGUUCGGUCGCUCUCAGUCGCCCUCAGUAUUAGUUGUCGCUUCUCACACAACACAGCACAGCAUGUGGUCGAAGAUUGCCAUUAGUGGAGCCCUGCUCGUGAUGGGUGGCGCUCUGGCCGCCAGCGUGGUGGACAAUUUCGCUUAUGUGGAUCGCUCCCUGGAGGUGGCCAUGCCCAAGGCAAAGCGUCAUGCGGCGCAGGAGUAAUCUGAACUCUAGAACGGAAUGGAACGGACCGGAGCGGAGGAAGUGCCUGCCCUUCCCUAAAAUUUGGAGUUUUGAGUGGAUCUCAAUCCAAGCUACAAGCAACAGCCGACGGUUCAAUGAACCAGAACCUCUCGCUAGUUGUACUCGGAAUAUGAGCACUACUACUCCUGCUUGUGUCCUGCCUACACACUCCUAGCAUAUCCCAUGGUAGAGCCACAAGCCGGAACUAGUCCUUGGCACUCCUCCUCCUCCUUCGUCCAGUGCCCCACGAACAACAUCAGUGUGUGUGUUUUUUUUUUUUUUUUUGUUCCCACAAUUAA